AUGAAAAAAGUAGAUAAGCAGAAUGUUGAUAUAAGAGUAGAGGCUAUUCAUGAGAUUCAAUACUAUCAGAAGUCAGAAGAUCUUAUUUUCUCUAAGACUGUGUUUAUAUAUCUUGUUCAGAAGAUUGAGAGAGAGAAUUAUCACUUUCAGUAUUCUGUUAUCAAGACUCUUCAAGUCACAGCAGAGACAAUCUUGAUCACACUUUUUGAGUAUGGUCUUAAGAUCAUGAUUCAUUGUAGACAGAUGAUUCUCACUGUGAGGGAUACUAGAUUGAUUGUAGAAAUUGCUCAAGAAUUGAGGAAUAUAUAA